AUGGUGGCUUGGGCUCGCGCUGAGCUUGGCGCUGAGCCCUGCGCUGGCGAGGAGGGCGACUCGGUGCCGUCCUCGCCGUCGCCGUUCCCGCUGCCGCUCGCUGCCGAGCGUGCGCGGGAAGUUCGGCCUGCCAAUCGGGGGGCCGCUCGCCGGAGGGCCAGGCGUGAGCGCGCCGAGACGCUGGUGGUCGACGCCGUCGCCUCGCUCAACGCGCUCGCCGACUCGAGGGCGGGCCAGGGGGUGCAGCUUGCACUGCCCCGCCACGUUCCUGGGCACGAGCUGUCGGACUGCCAGCGCUCCAUGCUCGGCAACAUUGCCAGGAUGGUCAAGCUCUUCGACCCGCCGAUCCCGAACUCCUCCCUCGAGGGAGGCGCUUUGGCUGAGUUGGUGCGGUCUUCGUCCAUCUACGAUGUGGAGGACACCUCGACCUCCGCGAGGUACGCCCCGAGUAUGCUCAAGGUGCUCGAAGGUCGCACGCGGCCGAUCGACGCCAGGGAGCUCGUCGGCGACUACGCGCGGGAGUACCUUGACAACCCGAACUCCAAGAUCGCCCUCGACGCCGUUGCCAGAGCAGCGGCCGCCGAGCCGAUCCAGCCACGCUGGGACCCCUCUCUCCGACAGCCAGGCCCGCGCCGACGUGACCUCAUUCGACGACUCGAUGCCGUGGGGCUCAUUGCCUAUAGACGUCGUCGGCUCGGGCGCGUGGGCAUGUUCUUUGUCGAGAAGAAGGAUAAGGACGCGAUCCGCCUCGUGCUGGAUGCGCCAGACCAGCGGGUCGUUGGGCAUAUCGUCGACCACUUCUCGACCAGACGGGAGCUGCUCUCGACCCUGCAGCACCUGCGCCCCCCGUUCAUCGGCGACGGCCGCGGGGGGCGGGGGGGGUUUGACGCCAACGAGCUCGCCGAGAUCAGACUUAUCAGAGGCCUCCUGCCCCUCGCCGUCUCGGACCUCGGCCGCCCCAUUGCGGAGCGCGUCUACUGCGGCGACUCGAACUUGCACGCGUGCACCGUCCACAUCACGAGGACGAGCCCUCGGGGCGCCUGGGCAGCUGCCAUCUACCGCGAGCGCUGGAGGUUCAGGGAGCUGGGGGACGAGCGCGAGGACGACUGCGGCGCUGGUGCCCUGCCCGACGAGACCCUGGAGCUGGAGACGGGCGGGGAGACGUUCAGCGCCUGGGCCGCCCGCGAGGUGGAGCAGGAGCUGGGUCGGCUGCGGGAGCCGCGCGUCGCCGUCAUCCCGAGCGAGUCGCAGCUGGACGAGGUCGUGGAG